AUGGAUACCUCAGCAGCAACAAAAUUUCACGCCGGACUGGUGAAGUGCUCGAAGCUCACAGCUACCGACGACAUCCUGACCGCUAUUGCCGAAGACCACUGGGCAGGUCCGACUGGCUGCAAUCAGUCUCUCAGCAGCAACAAAACCCCACGCCGGACUGCCGGACAAAAGGCAAAGGACCCAAAGCUUGACGAUAUCCUGACCGCUAUUGCCGAAGACAGCUGGGCAAGUCUCACCAGCUCUGAUCAGUACGAGAACGGGCCAAGAAUCACGAAAAGGAGGAUUCCAUGGGAGGCAUGA